AUGGUGCAAAGCUCAUUACAGUCAACCUACAUAUUCAUACAGAGGUUCCGAACGAUAUGGAAUAGUGCAAGUUCGUUUUCAGCACCAUACACAAGUAAUCGGAGUAAAAGAAUUAAACUGAUGAAUAUAGGUAUAUUCCUUUUAUCUGUCAUAUCAGUUGGAGCAUAUAUCUUUACAGCAAAUGUAGACAGUGGAGUUGAAAUAAACAGUGCAGCUACAUCAAACAGUCAAUGUGGUUUAUUGAUAUUUGAAAACGGACAGGUUCUACUUUUAGUUACGUCCAUGCUUAUUGCACUACCCUAUGUGGUGUGUAUACUUCUUUAUGUGGUAUUACUUUGUCACAAUCGGAAACACACUUUAUCAAAGGUGAUGUUCAGAACACCGAAAAACACUAACAAUGUGGAUAGAGAGAUUAACCAUAAAGGAAAAAAUAGAAGCUUUGAAGAGCCAGUUAUUAUAACACAUGAAAAGAAAAGCUGCAGUCGUUUGGUUGAAACUUCAGUUCCUUGUAUAAAUAAGGAACAAGAACAGCAAUUUAUGUAUGGACCAUCCAAGGAGAAGGAGGUAUUAGAUCAAGGAAACAUGACAAAGAACAAAGAUAUAGAAGAAUAUCAUUCCAGCAAAACUUGCACGUCAGACAAUAAAGACUGCAGCGCAGGUAAGACAGCUUGCAGCUUAGACAACACAAUUUGCAGUUUACACAACAUAGUUUGCAGCUUAAACAACACAACAUGCUGCUCAAACAACACUAUUUGCUGUUCAGACAACACAACUAUCAGCAAAAAUAACACAACUUGCUGCUCUGAAAAAGCAAGUUGCAGCUCAAAAAACAUAGCUUGCAGCUUAUCCAACACAACUUGCAGCUCGGACAACACAACUUGCAGCUCAGACAACACAACUUGCUGUCAAAACAAAGCAACCUGCAGCCCAGACAACAGAACUAGUAGCUCAGACAUCACAACUUAUAGCUCAGACAAUACAACUAGUGGUUCUGAAAACACUACUUGCAGUACACACAAUACAAGUUGCAGUGUAGAAAACACAACUGACAUCACGAAAUACACGAUGUACAAAUAUGAGGGUAAGACUAGCGAUUUGAAUGACACAACACACAGUUCUAGCAACACAUUAAACGACAUAUUAAAUGACUCGAACAACACAAUUAAUGAAUCAGACAGCAUUGUUAAAGACAAAAACAACAUUAUUUCUAAAUCAGACAUAACAGACAGCGGCCCAAACAACACAAUUUGUGAAUCAAUUAACACAGACAAUUGCUCAAAAAACAUAAUUAACCAAACAGACAGCGCAGACAAUAGGUCAGUAAACGCAAUUAAAAACUCAGACACGACAAUCACGGACUCGAACAACGCAAUUGAUAACUCAGAAAACACAUUCAACGCACCACCAAACAACACGUACACGGACUUGGACAGCGCAAAUACUAAAUCAGAUAACACAGAUGCAAACUCUGACAUCGCAAUUAACAACUCAGACAAUACUAUCAACGGCUCAAACAGCACAAUUUAUCAAACAGAGAAUACCAUUAACGGCUUGCAUAACAUAUUAAAUAACUCAGGCAAUACAAACAACGACUCAAGCUACAUAAUUAAUGCAAGAAACUCAGAUAAUGCAGUCAACGGAUCAAGCAUCUCACUUUAUAUUUUAGACAACAGUGACACUGGCUCCAACAGUCAUAUUUAUGAAACAGACAACACAGUCAAAGACUCGAAGACUCUAAUCAUAAACUCAAACAACAGGCACAGUGGCUUAAACAACAUAAUUAACCAAACAGACAGCUCAAAUAACCAAAUUAAAAGGUCAGAAAACCCUGUUUGCAACUCGAAUAACACACUUAAUAACCCAGACAACACAGACAACGGGUCAAACAACAAAAUUAUUGACUCAGAAAACAAAGACACCGAAUCGGACAUCACAAUUGAUAUGUUAAAGUCAGACAAUUCAGUCUACGGCUCGAACAACAUAUUUCAUAAAUCAAACAACAUAUUCAACGGCUCAAUCCACACAACUUAUGAAACAGUCAGCACAGUUAACCGCUCGCAAAAUUCAUUGAACAGCUCAUACAACACAUACAAUUCAAACAAUGCACCCAGUUGCUCAAAAAAUCUAAUCUAUAAACCAGACAACACUGCCAAAUGCCCAAACAACCCAAUUAAAAACUCGGACAACACAGAAAACAGCUCAAAUAGCAAAAUUAAUCAAACAGACAAGGCAUACAAUGGCCAAAGCAACACAAUUAAUCAAAUAGACAUCACUGCCGAUGGCUCGAAUAACACACUUAAAAAUGAAUACAGCAAAGAGAACAGCUCAAACAAAACGAUUGAACAUGACAGCCCGCCCAACACAACUGACAUUUCGAACAACACAACUCAAAGUAAUAUAGAGGCAAUUCCCGAUAUCGCUUCUGAAGAAUUGGACCGGGAAAAGAAAAUGGGAUUCUACUUUGAAAAUGACCAAACUGAAAAGAAAGAUGAAUGUAAAGACCAGUCGCAUACCGAAUCUGCUACUGGGGAAGUUAAGAAGAGCUUGAGUGGUAAUUUACCAAAUAAGCAAACGCUUGACGUCGAGGUGGUGCAGAAUAAUGUGUCUGAAGGUCAUGCAUCUAAACCAGUCUAUUUGAUCGAAACACGUUAUAUAGGGAGUCCCCAUCAAGCCAAAUGUGAAGACCGUGCUCACGUUUCCAACAGACGUACUAUUUUAUCACAAAAUGAAAUACAAGCCAAAAUGCAAAAAAGUAUCUCGAGAGCUAUGAAGGACAUAUGCAUAACUUUAAUAUUCGAGUCUACAUUCCCUUUACUGUACAUGGCUGUAUGCAUAGCUAUACUUUUUCAGGAAUCGCCAGGUAUUAUUGGCUAUUUACGAGCUGUGACUACCAUAUUCAUGUUUACAGCCAACUCUUUAAGGACAACACUGAUGGUCUUCAGAUAUAAAAUAUUAAGAGACGCUGUGCGAAAUAUGUUUCGAAAUAUUUAA